AUGUCCAGCUCUCAAAGUAGUUCAGACGAUAAGACCAUCCUGGUCCCUAUCGACUGUAGAUUCGACGAUACUACAGAAUUCAAGACAUGCAACUGCGUGAUCACCCGUGAUAACGCCCAAGAUAGCACCGACCAAAAUUCCUUCCCCUGCCUUCUAUCCAAGGUAGCUGGGCAAUCCGGUAAUCUUCAACAUGUCUUCUACCCUGAGGGACUGACAAAGAUUACCGCUGAUCAUUCCUGUUUCUCCGGAAGUGUUCUCGACUACAUCAAACAAGGUCGGGAGGACAGACCGAAUUCCGCUUUCGAGUUGGUACUUAUCUCUACUAACAACAAUAAUCGAUUUGCAACGAGUUCAGUGGAUAGAAGUAAUUUCUGGUUCAGAGUCGAGUAA